CUGUAAGUAGCUGUACGGCGCAGUAGUUCAGGUACUUGGCUAGCGCGACCUGGAUGUCGAGACCAACCCUGUGGGCCCUGACUGCUCCCUGAGACAUGGCAGGCCAGAACCCCGCGAUCGGCCUGAGAGCACAAAGUUUACCCCACGCUGUGCUCUUCGUGAUAUUCCCGUGAGACGUUAGCUUUCAACUCGGGUUUUUUCUUUUUUCUUUUUUUCUUCUUCCCUUUUCUUUCGGCUGAUUAAAUUCAUCACAAUGUCUACGACUAACCAAGUUUUCAUUGCCGUCAUUGGCGCUGGAGGGGUAGGCAAAUGCUUCCUGUCCCAGCUUUCAGCUCUUGCAACAAGAAAACCAACGCCUAAGCUUAGUCUAUGCUACAUAUCUUCAAGCAAGAAGGCUGUCUUCAACCCCGAUUACUCAGUUCUCGGUAUCGAAAAUGUGCUCCAGGAGCUUUCUUCGUCUUCCAAGCCACCCAUGGCACUGCCACAGAUUGCAGACUACCUCGCUGCUGCACCGUCAAAAGCUGUAUUAGUGGAUAACACGAGUUCCCAAGAUAUUGCAGAUGCCUACCCGCUCUUCCUGAGCCGCGGCAUCAGCAUCGUAACCCCCAACAAAAAGGCCUUUUCCGGCUCGUACAAGCUGUGGCAAGAUAUCUUCACUGCUGCGAGUACCUCUGGCGCCAAAGUUUACCACGAAUCAUCUGUUGGCGCUGGCCUCCCUGUUAUUUCAACACUGAAAGAUCUAGUGGAUACCGGUGACGAAGUGACUAAAAUCGAAGGUGUAUUCAGCGGAACCAUGUCUUUCUUGUUCAACUCGUUUGCUCCCGUCGAAGGGUCUGGUGGACAAUGGUCUGCCGAGGUUAGAAAGGCAAAAGAGCUGGGAUAUACGGAGCCGGAUCCUCGAGACGACCUCAACGGCUUAGAUGUUGCUCGAAAGCUAACUAUUCUGGCACGAUUGGCGGGACUUGCAGUGGAAUCACCUACAUCAUUCCCGGUGCAAAGCCUCAUUCCAAAGGAGCUCGAGACUGUCUCAAGUGGUGAUGAAUUCUUGGAGAAAUUGCCCGAGUUUGAUUCCCAAAUGGAAGAGACCAAAUCCGCGGCCCAGAAGCAAGGGAAGGUGGUCAGGUUCGUCGGAAGCAUCGACAUGGCAUCCAAGGCCGUCAAGGUUGGCCUAGAAAUGUUUGACAAGUCCCAUCCAAUCGCAGCCCUCAAGGGAAGCGACAACAUCAUCAGCUUCUACACCAAGCGCUACGGAGGCAACCCGCUCAUUAUCCAGGGCGCUGGUGCAGGUGGUGACGUAACAGCGAUGGGCGUGACCAGCGAUUUGAUAAAAGUGCUGUCGCAGAUUGCGUAGGAAUUAGAUGUUGUCCACCAAAUUCAAGAUUCUCUUAUGAACAGAGACCAUUGUAGCAAUGGCUAUGGCAUUCCCCAUAUAAAUACAAUAUCGCAGCGCAUUCUUCAAUCAUUCGUUAGUGGCCCAUGAGCAACUCUUUUCUCGGGAGUCUUCGGCUCGGUCUCAUGACUGAUGGCACUACUGCGAGCCUUAAUUGGAGUGGGUGGUGGUUGUUGUUGUACGUAGUCUUUAGGUAGGCGGGGAGAUGGGUGAGGCGAGUCGGCAGGUCGCGAAGGGCGAUAUAAUCUCCAAAGCCACAGGCAGAAAUCAAAGAUGAUCAAUCCAAUGAUGGGAACGACGAAUGCCAGACUGACGAGCUUCUAUAGAAUUGAGGUUGGUUUAGUUAGGCACCCCAGGUUAGCUUGACAUUUGCGGACUGG